AUGGCUGCGAGGCCUGCUACGCCAGCUUCGCCGAAGAACUUCAAAGUCCAACCCCCCAAGCCCGGGCAGCCGGUCUACGGUUGUGAACACCUACAGCGCUUGCUUAAUCAAGACCAGGCAACGACCAACACGUCAAUUCAGCAUUACAAAUCGAUCUUGCGGAGCAUCCUCGACACAACCCCGAUCCUGCCCCAAACUGCUAAGCUCAGCGAGGGCCAGAUCGUUACGUCGCUGACCCCAACCUGUCUCUGUCUGCAGUGCCCCAUGACACUUACUGAGGACGACCGAAACAAACAUGGCAAUAAGAAAUCGCACAGAUUCUAUGUUGACUCGAGAAGCGGUGCGCUGUUUUGUCAGAUGUGUGACGACAUUGUCUGGGACCCAACGUUUGAGGAUCUCAGACUGAAGAAGGUUGGCACAGGCACUUUCUCCACAGGUCGGAAACGGAAACAUGAUGAACUUUUCGCAUCAGACCCCCUCAAGGAGAGCCCACAGUACAUCUCGACAAACACGACUGUUGCGUCUUGCAAGGCCAAUGGACUCCGUGGUAUAUAUAAUGCGGGUGCCACAUGUUACCAGAAUGUGGUGUUGCAGAGCUUCCUACAUAACCCUGUACUCAGAAACUUCUAUCUGAGCGAUGGGCACCAAAGUAUCAACUGCGACACACAGCACUGCCUGAGCUGCGCGAUGGAUGAUAUGUUUCAAGACUUCUACGCCGUGGAGAAUACUAACGGAUACACGGCUGCUAACAUCCUCUCGGGCUUCUGGAUUAGCGAGAAGAAGGCUUUCGAAAACCUUGUCACGACCAAGGAGCAGGAUGCACAUGAAUUCUUCCAGUUCUUGGCAGAGGAGCUACAUGAGCGCAACGGCGACGGUAAAAAGCCCGAGAUUGGCAGCGAGCACAGCUGCGACUGCAUAAUCCAUCAGACUUUCUAUGGAAAGCUUCAAAGCACCACGACAUGCCAGCACUGCGGCGGCGUAACCAAUCAGGUCCAAAGUUUCCUCGACCUCAGCCUCCCCCUUGAGAAUCUUGCCCAGAAGAAGGGCAAGAAAGGGGGGGCCAAAGCGCACACCAUGACAUUACAGGAGUGCCUGGAUGAGGAAUACAUCAAGUCCGACAAAUGCGAAUACCGUUGCCACAAUUGCAAUUCAAUGCAGCAAGCGCGUAGGCAGACUAUGAUAAAGCGCCUACCAAACGUUCUAGCAAUUCAGAUGAAGAGAUUCGAGUAUAAGCAAGGAAGAAACGAACGGGCGGCGAAGAUUGAUACACCUGUCCAUUUCCCGCUGCAGCUAAAUAUGCUGCCAUACACGAAUCGUGCUAGGACCCAGGAUGCCAAGGAUAAUCAUGAACUUGCACGGUCAUGCACAUACGAUCUCUUGAGCGUGGUCGUCCACGUAGGGGAGAUUGACACGGGCCAUUAUGUGUCGUAUUGUCGAGUGGGCGACCAGUGGUUCGCUUUCAAUGACCACAAAGUUGAGCUUGCGGCCAAAUCAGAUGUUCUCGGGGCGCGGGCAUACUUACUCUUCUACAUAAUCAGAUCACUUGCAUAG